UUAUAGCCUUUACCCCCAAAAUAAGUUAACUCACAUAUCCCCCUUUUUCCCUUUCCAACCAAAUUCAUUUUCAUUUUCAUCUCGUGCAGAUCAUCAACAUUCAACACAUUCACACCCAAAUCGACCCGACAAAACCCAUUCACCACUUCCCUAAUUCAGCAACCAAUUUCUUUCCUUGAUUGAUCCGCCACACACACUGCCGUGCAGAGAGAGAAACCCAAAAUAUACUUACCGAAAUCUAUUUAAAUAAGGGGGUUAUUGAUGAUGGAAUGAAGGAAGACACACUUGAACAACAACAACAAGAAGAAGAAGUUGGAAGAAGAAGAAGAAGAUGGUGAGGCCUGAAUUAGAUCAGAGUUAUUCAAACAAUGGAAGAAGAGGGGUGCCCAAAUGUUGUUCGUAUAAAAGAACUACAGUUAUCAUUUGUUCGAUUAAUAUUGUGGUUGCCCUUUAUGUUUUUCAGAAUCUUUAUACUUCGCUUUACUCCUACUCAUAUCAACACUCACGCACUGCUGUUACCUACACUCCGGACCAGAUUAAAAAAAUGGAAGAAUCAAUGCGGAUACGAAAACAAUCUGAACCUAGAAAGCUCAUUGAAAUCGUCAAAAAUAUUAAACAAAAACUUGAUAGACGAGAAGACAUGGUUGAAUUGCCUCAACCAUUGAAACAGAAAUUGAGUAACGAGAUCAUAGAGCUACUGAGGGGAUUGAAUAGUGGUGCCAAUACAACUUUACAGCAUGAAGCAGUUGAAAGGUGGCGGAGGCAAAAAUUAAAGGAAGCCAAAAGAGUUACUCGUGGGAAGGCUUCUAAUUCAUCAAUCCUACCAGCGGAAGCAGGUAUGCUUGCAAAAGCCUUGGAGUUCAAUUGGGCCGAGCUAUCAAACGAUAUCGGCCUCUGGAUACCCGUUAAUGUAAUCAACAAUGUACAUGACGACAAACCCGAGGGUGAAGACGAUUUUGAUGACAUCCUUGCUGGACGACGGCUACCUCCUGAAUGUAAUGCGGAACUUCAUACUGAUUACGGUGGUCAUGCGGUCAAAUGGGGUCUAACUCAUCAUAAAGAAAGUGCGUAUGAAUGUUGUCAGGCGUGUUUAAAUCAAGCUAAAAAUGCAAGACCGGAUGAAAUGAAAUGUAAUAUUUGGGUUUAUUGCCCUGCUGAAGAAGGGUGUCAUUCCCCCGAUAUAUACCAACAUAAACUUGAAGAAUGCUGGCUGAAAUAUGCAGAAGAGCCGAAAGUGACUUUUAAGGAUACAUAUUCAGAAAAUUACAGAAGAAAUCAUCCGAACGCACCAAUGGUCGUUCCUUGGGUCUCAGGUGUUAUAAGUUCUUGAAUGCAUUCAGGCAUCAAAUUUAAGAAGACUAAUAUGAACAACACCGUCUUGAAUGCUUGCAUCUGCGUUCAUAUAUGUAUCUGUAGACUGUAUUUGUAUCUCUCUCUCUCUACCCUUAUUCAAUGCAGUUUUGGUAACCAUGAGCAUGUUUACUUGGAUGUUUUUAAAGUAAUGUGUGUUUGUGGAUCGCGCCAGUGCUUUUAAAAGUGACAAACAACUGGAGUCGAAAGGGAAAAGUAUGAUGGGGCAAUGCGAAAGGGUGUUGCUCUUUGAGUGUAAUUCGAAAGGUUUUAUGGGUUAAGAAUUGGGGAUUUAAGGUGUUUUGGAUUAUAAUUUGACAGCCGUUUAUAGUUUUAUGUUUGAUGACUUUUGUACCAUUAAAAAGUUUGCUUACAUAUCUGUCUUUUGGUUUGGUUUGGUUCUCAA